AAGAUGGCGGAGGCGCUCGUCCAAUUUGUGCCUGUGUCAUGCGCAACAGCGCUUAAUAUAUUUGUUACAGAACACAGUUCGGGGAGAUCGUCUGGUCAAAGGCUGAAUAGGUGAAGGUUUGAAAACAGCAUGGCUUUAAGAACAGCUUUCUCACGCUUGCUGGUAAAUUCACAGAGAUGUUUUCUGAUCUCUGUGUCAAGGGCCCAGGGCUCCGCAGCACCUGCACAACAAGAGGCAGAGGAGCACGUUAAAAAAGCAGUGAAGACACCUAAGGUGCAUUUUGAUUGGCGUGAUGCGUUGAAUCUGGAGGGGCAGCUGACAGAGGAGGAGAUCAUGAUCAGAGACACUUUCCGCACCUACUGCCAGGAGAAACUCAUGCCCCGCAUCCUCAUGGCCAACAGGAACGAACUUUUCCAUCGGGAGAUUGUGAAUGAAAUGGGAGAGCUUGGGGUCCUUGGGCCUACCAUUCAAGGAUACGGCUGUGCAGGCACCAGCUAUGUGGCAUAUGGUUUGAUUGCGAGGGAGGUGGAGAGAGUGGACAGUGGUUACCGUUCAGUUAUGAGUGUCCAGUCCUCACUGGUCAUGCAUCCUAUCAGUGCCUAUGGAACAGAAGCACAGAAACAGAAGUUCCUGCCUAAAUUGGCUCGUGGAGAGAUUCUAGGCUGUUUUGGACUUACAGAACCAAACCAUGGAAGUGACCCUGGCAGCAUGGAGACCAAGGCGAAAUACAAUCCCUCUAGCGGUACCUAUACCAUCAGUGGGGCAAAAACAUGGAUUACCAACUCCCCAUAUGCUGAUGUCUGUGUGGUGUGGGCGAAAUGUGAUGACGGCAGAGUGAGAGGGUUUAUCGUCGAGCGGGGAAUGAAGGGGCUGUCUACCCCUAAGAUAGAAGGCAAGUUCUCCCUUAGAGCCUCGGCCACCGGGAUGAUUCUAAUGGAUGAGGUUGAAGUGCCAGAGGAAAACCUGCUACCCUAUGUGUCUGGCCUUGCUGGUCCCUUUGGCUGCUUGAAUAAUGCCCGUUAUGGCAUCGCAUGGGGCGCACUGGGUGCUGCUGAAUUCUGCUUCCAUGCUGCCCGACAGUACACCUUAGACAGAAUCCAGUUUGGAGUGCCUCUGGCCAGAAACCAGCUCAUGCAGAAGAAGAUGGCAGACAUGCUAACGGAGAUUACGAUUGGACUGCAGUCCUGUUUACAGCUGGGCAGACUCAUUGACCAAAAGAAAUACACACCAGAAAUGAUCUCCAUGCUGAAGAGGAAUUCAUGCGGUAAGGCCCUGGACAUCGCCAGGCAGGCCAGAGACAUGCUGGGAGGAAACGGCAUAGCAGACGAGUAUCAUAUCAUACGCCAUGUCAUGAACCUGGAAGCUGUCAACACAUAUGAAGGCACUCAUGACAUCCAUGCUUUGAUCUUGGGCAGAGCCAUCACUGGACUCCAGUCUUUUACAGUUGAAAAAUAAACACAUUUCUUUUUGAACAAGGGUGUAUCUAGUGAGACUCUCUGAUCUGGAGAACCUCUAUCAACAUCCAUGCAUACAGUUAAUGCCUCAGUAUGGCAACAAACCUCCUGAAAAUAUUAAAGAAAUGCCUGCAUGGGUCCAAACUCUGCUCUGUGUUCACAUGCAAAACUACAAAGAGAAAGAUUAUAACUUCAGUGUAGUGGUUUGAUGUGUUAAUGCACCAUGUUACAAAGAAAAUGACAUUAUUAAAUGUUUCAUGUUCUUUUGGUAAAAACGUUUUUCUGUUUGAAAUCAGAUCCACAGAUUUCAAUUGUAGGUGAACUACAAAAGUGAUAAUAAAAACUAGCCAAGUUAAUUCAUAGCAGGUUCAUAAUAUUGCUGAAAACUGCAUUUUAGAAAGAUAGUCCACAAAGGGAAACACUAUCUCUAAAGGGUACUGGGUUUAGAUGACAUGUUACAAAGGAAUUUCCAUUAUGAACAUAGUUUUAAAUGGAUUUCAACUCCAGGUGGAUGAUAUUCUGACAGUGAAGUUAAUUCAUAGCAGGUUCAUAAUAUUGCUGAAAACACUGCAUUUUAGAAAUGCAGUUUGAUCCACUGAUCAUGUUUAAUAAUUGUUAGGCUCUUGUAAAUUGUAUUUGAGUUGUUUUGGAAAUAAAGUGAACAUCUGCA